UCAGUCUCAUUCCAACAUUCAAGGAGAAGGGUAAGCUAACUAUUCUACGUGAACAGAGUUGCCAUUGUCAACAGUGACAAGGUAAGUCUCAAGUACCCCGCAGCAUGAAAGGCAUGCUACGGCCUGUCGCAUAUAUAACAAUUACUGAGACGCAUCGCUUUGCUCGUCACAGUGCAAGCCCAAGAAAUGUCGUCAGGAAUGUAAGAAGUCUUGCCCCGUCGUCCGUACGGGCAAGCUCUGUAUCGAGGUCACCCCCGAGUCCAAGAUCGCCUUCAUCUCCGAGCGCCUCUGUAUUGGUUGCGGUAUCUGUCCCAAGAAAUGUCCCUUCGGUGCCAUUCACAUCAUCAACUUGCCCACCAACUUGGAGACUCAGGUCACCCAUCGUUACUCUGCGAACAGCUUCAAGCUUCACCGUCUUCCCAUGCCCCGUCCCGGUCAGGUCCUCGGUCUCGUCGGUACCAACGGUAUUGGAAAGAGUACGGCUUUGAAGAUUCUCAGCGGCAAAUUGAAGCCCAACCUUGGUCGUUAUGACAACCCUCCCGACUGGGAAGAGAUUCUCAAGUACUUCCGUGGUUCCGAGCUGCAGAACUACUUCACCAAGGUCCUGGAAGACAACCUGAAGGCUGUUGUCAAGCCUCAGUACGUUGAUCAGAUUCCUAGAGCCGUCAAGGGACCCGUCAAGAAUGUCGGUGCG